GUCAAGGUGGGCGGGGCAGCGGGGAAAGGAUUGAGUUAAGUAGUAGAAAUCUAAGUACCUAUAAAAUAUAGUGAAUAUAGUACCUGUAGGCACCUAAUCUUAUCCCACUGCGUCAUACCUAGGUACCUCCAAGUGUUUUAAAGGAUCUAUUUACAUCUACACUUUCUACCCUAUCCUGACAAUCCGGCGCAUAUGUACCCGGUAUCAUGUUCCCAACGCGUUAAGAAUAUGAUUUAAUCCAUGAUUUCAAUCCUAACGUUAGCAUCUAGAAAGGUGCGAUUAAAGUAAUAUCUCAGUCUUCUAAAAGAUAAUCAGCGACUGCGAACACACCCGAGGACCAACCUCACGAUGCAGUCGCUUCGGUUCCUGCGGCCGGCUGGGCGGCUCACGACGAUUCGAACGUGGCCCUCAUCUCCUUCUACCUCUCCUCUUUCUUUCCGCUCCCUUCACCGAUUUCGACCAUUCUCCCACACAUCCCUCCGAAAGAACAAUUGGCCGCGUCCCCCUCACGAGACACGAAAUUACAACCCCGAUCCACACUAUCGCCUCUCACAAGCUAAACCCCUCGUAACCUCCGAUCGCCUUAAAAAAUUUGUUCGCUCCCCAAGCCUACAUACGGUCGUCGUACUCUCAGUCGUCGGUGCGAUCGCAUUCUACUUUAGUAAUAUCCAGACCGUGCCAGUAUCCGGGAGGCGGCGCUUCAAUUGUUUCAGCGACGAGACAGUCGAAGCGGCCAGCGAAGCGCAAGUCAAAAGAUUAAUAUGGGAAGUGGAACGCUCCGGCGGCCGGUUCUUAAGCGAUUGGGACCCGCGAAUGGCUAUGGUGAAGCGAGUCAUGAAGAGGUUGAUUCCCGUUUCUGGUAUGGAAGAUGCAGACUGGGAGAUCAGGGUAAUCGACGAUCCUCAUACCGCAAACGCCUUCGUCCUCCCUGGAGGGAAAGUUUUCGUUUUCAGCGGCUUGAUACCCAUAGCGCGGAAUGAAGAUGGCCUUGCAACGGUGCUAGGGCACGAAAUUGCCCAUAAUCUCGCCGGGCACGUGGCCGAGCGCAUGUCUGGGCAAAUCGGUGUGAACAUACUACUAUAUUCUAUCAUAUUUCUUACUGGCGGCAUAGCAAUAUUGGGCACGCAAUUUAUCGGCAGCGCAGUUUUAGAUCUCCUUUUCUCACGGCCUCAAGGCCGUAUGCAAGAGAGCGAGGCGGAUUACAUCGGCUUAAUGAUGAUGGCGGAGGCGUGUUAUGAUCCACGCGAAGCACUUGGGUUCUGGAAACGCAUGGAGAGGGCACAACAAGGAGAACCACCCGAAUGGAUGAGUACUCAUCCGUCCAAUUUUAACCGAAUACAAAAAAUAGGGGAAUGGAUGCCUAAGGCUCUAGAGAAGAUGCAGGAAAGCGACUGUCGGGGUACUUCGGCAUUCGCUGAUUUGUUUAGGAAAGCCAUGGAGAAAGGCGUAUUGAUAGAGUAAAAUAGAUGCAUAUCGUAUAUUUAUAUUUACGAAGUUGGGUAAAGGUAUCUAUUAGAGCUAAGAAACAAAGACAAAAUGGGAGUAGAUCCGAGCUAUGUAUUCAAAAAAGUCGAUAUCCUCUUCGGUAUCGGGGAAGUGUACUUGGGUACAUAAAUACUCGGAAGUGUGUAAAGAUCCUUGUCGGUCGACCAUCGGAACUAUACCAAGAAUGUACUAGCGCGGCUUUCUUACCAUGGUAGGGGGAGUAACCUUAUAAAAUGCACCAAUGAUGUCGAGGAUAAUUGAAUCCUUGCUUCUUCUUAUGCCGAGGUUCUUUUCAAAUCCGUUGAAUCGCAA